AUUUCUCUUUAAAGCACAAUGAAUCAACCUUUUGCAUAUGGAACGUUUUUUUUUUUUUUGAAUGAAGCUGCCUUGCUUUGCCUUCACUAUGACAAGAACCGGUCUUAACUUGUAAAGUUUUCCCUUUUUUGCUUUCAGCUACGAGUUUGAUGUAACAAAAUGCAUGUUCUCAGCUGGAAACAUAACAGAGAAGCUCCGAGUAGCAGCAUUUGACUGCAGAGGGCAGACUGUGGUGGAUUUGUAUGCAGGUAUUGGAUACUUCACCCUUCCAUAUCUGGUACACGCGGGGGCCCAUCACGUUCACGCCUGUGAGUGGAACCCUGACGCAGUUGAAGCUUUAAAGAAAAACCUUGUGUCAAACAGGGUGUCUGACCGCUGCACUGUUCACCAAGGAGACAACAGACAACUCCAGCUAAGUGACGUCGCUGACAGAGUGAAUCUGGGUCUCAUACCGAGCUCUGAGGACGGCUGGCCUGUCGCCUGCAGGCUGCUGAAGAAAUCCACUGGUGGUAUUUUGCACAUUCACCAGAACGUCACCUCACCAUUCUCGAACACAGCAAACUUUCCGGCAACUGAUGACGCCACCACCCUGAGGAUAUCUGGAAGGACAAGUGACAGAGAGAUUUGGCAGGCUUGGGCCGAUGACACGGCAAACCGCAUCCGCUGUCAUUUAAAGGACAUCAGUGGUACAACAUGGAUAACAAACAUCCAGCACAUCGAACACGUGAAGUCGUACGCACCUCAUGUUAACCAUGUAGUGCUGGACUUGGAAUGCAGACCAGCUUAAGCUGUGACAGAUCCUGAGUGGCAUUAAAUCGGAGACAUUUUAAACUGUGUACAGAAGCUGAACAGUACACCAGCUAGUUUGUGUGAUUAUUUCAUCUGUCAGAUACCACAAUGUUUUCAUACACCUUUGUUUGUCAUGGGCAGGUUCUCCAAGCUAAGAUGCAGCCUGCCUCACUCCCCAUGCUGUUAUAAUCCCAUCGAGAACGUGCAAUGCUUUACCACAACCACAGUCUUGUUUGUCACUGGACCGCUGCUCUGGAAAAGGAGCUCCUUAAGCGUCAUGCUCAAGGGGCGCCGUAAUGUUUUGACACUUUAUCUCAACCCAUUGUUAGAUCACUAGACCCUCUUUGCAGGAAAAAAACUAAGCUGAACACUGAAAACUACCAGAGCAUGAGUUAAUCUAUACGAUUCUUAGGUUUGGUAUUGUUGGUACUCAACAAGCAAGUUGUAUUAAAUUGAUAUGUAAAUACAUUACAUCUUUUGGAGCUUGAAUCUAGUGCAGGCAUUAAAAAAAAAAAAAAAGCAUUUCAUAUUUAAAACAACUCUCUGGGGACAUAAGUCCAGUAUCUGUUUCUGUCAUAAUUGAGAAAGGUGUGAAGUUAAGGGCAGAGUCUGAGUCAAAGAGUUGAGGAACAGAAUGCAGAUUCUUCCAUACAUGGAGGCUCACUGAAUGUUUUCAUGCAUAUGGAAGUGGUGUGAAUCAUAUGAUGUGGUCUUGACAGUCAUCAGGUCUGAACACACAAAAACAUCUGUGGCAUAACUACGGACCCAAAUAAGGGAGUAUCUUCUGCAUGAAUGAUGUUAAUCCAUCCAGUAGAAAGCCAUCCCCAGGAGGAUCACUGAAGCUGUUAUGGCAGAUCACAGUUGUUGUUUUUCCUCACCCAUUUCCAAUCUGCUGUAGAGUUAGCUAUAUGGCUACAUUUUCAUAGAGUGAUGGCCAACAUUAGUUUCCUCUUGUGUAGAAAUCAUCAACUCAGUCUUUAAGCCAGUAAGCUUGAGUGUAACUUGGAGGUGCGAGGGUUUAGUCAGGUCAGAUUCACAUGUUUUUAAUAUACCGUAGACUAAUUAAUUAAUUGGAUGAUGCAAUGGAAGACUUCAUGAGAAAUUCCCGUUUGGAAGUAAGAAUUCAUCACACUGAUUUCAUUGAUACCAGAGAUUUAGUAAAAGUCUCUCAGACUGUCAAGCUUUUAUAAUGAGGUUUUAUAGGUCUAGUGACAUUUUCAUUUACAAGGUUUUUUUUUUUCUACCAUUAGGCCACUUCGCUCAAGCUCUGACAUGAAUAAAGGCGUGUAAACUCUU